GAGACAGAAACGAGUCUUAACGAUUGUAGCAUCUUGUCUUAAAUUGCGCCUUAGUUAUACAGUGUGCUAAUUGUCGGUCUUAGCUCAGGUUGUGCACGUAUGUGCUAACAACAGUUCGGUAUUGUAGUUCGACUAGUCUGCAAAUACCAAUUUCGUGAUGUUACUAUUUAAUUGCAAAAUACACGCAUUCACCUCAUUAUGCACGUUUUAGCAUAAUGCGUUAGGAGAGGUAUACAAGUGGGUAAUGAGAUGUUUCGUACCUGUCCGUUGUUCCAUUGCGUUUGUUUUAUAUAAAAUUAAUGUUUAUAAAUGUGUUAUAACUUCGGAAUGCCGAUAUACAACUUUAAGGUCUUGUAGUGAGGAUAGCUAAGAAAAAAAAAUACCUGUAUAAUCGGGACGUGUGGUGUAACUGAAAUGCAGUUUAGUCUGAGUCUGCUAUUUAUGAGGAAAAUUCUUCAAAGUGCUUUAAAGCAAUUAAUGCCCCUAUUGCGCCUGCUUGUUCAACUUCAAUUCGUAGGCGAGCACAGGCAAUGAAAACUUCUAUUGAAAUCUCGCGUAUUCCUGUCAACGCAGUGGAAGUUCCUUGGGCUCCCUUAGUACUCCUUUAAAAGGCGGACUGUUCUAGGGAAGGAAGGGAAAAAAAAAACACUUCAGACCACCCUUUCCACAGCUUGCUGCUAUUUGCUCUCCGCUGCUGUAGUGUACAUUGCGUUCUGGGUAAGGAAUGAGAGGAGCGAAUGCGCCUCACUGAGCCGCCGCGACUUCGCACAGGUUCAGCCGAACGGUCGCUCUGGUCUUUCGCAGCUGAGAGGAGACAGCGCUACUGAAUCCAUGGCAACAGCGAUGUCAGAAGCGGAGACGCGUCAGAGACUGGUGCGGACGGUCAAGAAGGAGGUGAAGCAGAUUAUGGAGGAGGCAGUGACCCGAAAGUUUGUACAUGAGGACAGUAGUCACAUCGUGUCCUUCUGUGCUGCGGUGGAGGCGUGUGUCCUGCACGGGCUGAAGCGUCGAGCAGCCGGGUUCCUCCGGAGUAACAAGAUCGCUGCCCUGUUCAUGAAGGUGGGCAAGAGCUUUCCCCUGGCAGAGGAGCUCUGCAGGAAGGCCCAGGAGCUGGAGCAGAUCAUCGAGAACAAAAGGAACCAAGUCCCGCUGAACCACGAGAGUUCCAGGAAGCUGCAGAAGCUGCCCAGUAUUUCUCCGCAGGCCGUCAAGCACCUGUGGAUUCGCACUGCCCUCAUUGAGAAGGUCCUCGACAAGAUUGUGCUCUAUCUUGUGGAGAAUAGCAGUAAGUACUACGAGAAGGAGGCCGUGCUGAUGGAUCCUGUCGAUGGGCCAAUCCUUGCUUCCUUGUUAGUGGGUCCGUGUGCGCUGGAGUACACCAAGAUGAAGACGGCGGAUCACUUCUGGACAGACCCUUCUGCGGACGAGCUGGUCCAGAGGCACCGCAUUCACAGUGCCCACUGCCGGCAGGACUCCCCUACGAAGCGUCCCGCGCUGUGUAUCCAGAAGAGGCACUCCAGUGGGAGCAUGGACGAUCGCCCCUCAAUGUCGGCUCGGGAUUAUGUGGAAUCACUGCACCAGAAUUCCAGAGCUACCCUGCUGUAUGGCAAGAAUAACGUCCUUGUGCAGCCGAGGGAUGAUAUGGAGGCGAUUCCUGGGUACCUGUCUCUUCACCAGACUGCAGACAUCAUGACUCUCAAGUGGACACCCAACCAGCUGAUGAAUGGCUCAGUUGGGGACUUGGAUUACGAGAAAAGCGUCUACUGGGACUAUGCCAUGACGAUCCGUCUGGAAGAGAUUGUCUAUUUGCACUGUCACCAGCAGGUCGACAGCGGUGGAACAGUGGUGUUGGUGAGCCAGGAUGGAAUCCAGAGACCCCCCCUGCGUUUCCCCAGAGGGGGGCACCUCCUGCAGUUCCUGUCCUGUCUGGAGAAUGGGCUACUUCCCCACGGGCAGCUUGACCCCCCACUCUGGUCGCAGAGAGGAAAGGGAAAGGUAUUCCCCAAACUUCGAAAGAGAAGCCCCCAAGGGUCCUCAGAGUCUGUCUCGGACAAAGAGGAAGAUGAAGCUACCGAUUACGUGUUUCGGAUUCUGUUCCCCGGAAGUCAGUCUGAGUUUGUGACCAUUACUUCCUCUUCCUGCCCCCCCUCCGGUGGUGCACCUCUGCCCCUGUCCCGCUCCCUCUCCCUGCGACUGCCCAGACGAACACCUCCGUGGGCCCCCGCGGGCCGGUCCCUGGUCAUCCCCAAACGCUCCUCCAGUUUCCCAGGAACCCCCUUGGGCCGGACCCAGCGUGGCCUUCCACAGGACCUCAUGGAGCAGGCGCCUGCCAUGUGGCACCCUACUGCCAGGAAGUCCUCCUGCUCCUCUUGUUCACAAAGUGCCUCUUCGGACGGCGGGCCCCUGAACGGCUGCAACCAUGAGAGGGCUCCCCUGAAGCUGCUCUGUGACAACAUGAAGUAUCAGAUCAUUUCCCGGGCUUUCUAUGGCUGGCUGGCGUAUUGCCGACAUCUGUCCACUGUGAGAACCCACCUAUCUGCUCUGGUCAACCACACCAUCGUGGACCCGGAUGUCCCACAGGACGCCAGGGGUGGGCUGACUGCUGAGAUCUGGCAGAAAUACCUUCAGGACUGUACAGCCUACGAGGAGCAGGAACUGCUGAGGCUGGUGUAUUUCGGGGGAGUCGAGCCCUCGCUCCGUAAGGAGGUGUGGCCAUUCCUGCUGGGACACUACCAAUUUGGGAUGUCCGAGAAGGAGAGGAAAGAGGUAGAUGACCAGGUGCGCGCCUGCUACGAGCAGACCAUGAGCGAGUGGCUGGGCUGUGAGGCCAUCGUCCGGCAGCGGGAGAAAGAGCAGCAUGCGGUGGCCUUGGCGAAGUGCUCCUCCGGAGCCAGCCUGGACAGCCAGAUCCAGAAGAUGAUGCACAGAGACUCCACCGUCAGCAACGAGUCUUCCCAGAGCUGCAGUUCAGACAGACACAGCCACGCGCAGCUGCAGAGCGACUCCAGCAGCAGCACACAGGUGUUUGAGUCCGUGGAAGAGGUGGAGCAGAUUGAGAUGGAACCAAAGGGAGAGGAGGCCAAACAAGCAACAAAAGUACCCAAUGGGGUCGUACCCAAUGGCACCUGUUCCCCAGAUUCUGGACACCCUUCCUCCCGCAAUUUCUCCAUCACAUCCGGCUUCUCUGACCGCAGCCUGAGCACCGAGGACAGCGCUGGUGCCGAAUCCACAGCCAAAACCUCCGGCCAGCCCCAGCCUCCGCAUCCCGGCUCGGCCAAACCCGCUCAGCAAGUGGUAGACCCCCCCGGCGUGAAAGCCCCAGCCCAGGGCCCUGAGGAGGAGCCCCGGGAGCAGGCUGCAGCCACGGCUGAGGAUCAGGGGCUGGAAGAAGCUCUACCUCCCGUUACCAAAGCAAGGGAGUCAGCCUCAGCUGAGGACAGUAUGGUUGCCAAGGAAACCUCGGAGGAGUUACUGUCGGCUAUUGAGCUGCCCUUGGGGGAUGACUUGGGCACAGGGGGAGUGGUUGGCCCACUGGUGCUGGAGAUGCAGGUGGACGAGGAGGCGGAGAAGCAAAGCCUGGUGGGCAGUGAGGAUGCCCUGUCAGAAGAACCAGAAAUGGAGAGCCUUUUCCCCCAGUUUGACUCUCUGGCCGUUGGUGGAGAAGCCAAACCUGAUGCCACCUCCCCAGUCUCAUCCAUUGGGACUACCUAUUCUCAAGAGCUGCUGGAUAUGUACACAGUGAACCUGCAUCGCAUUGAGAAAGAUGUCCAGCGCUGUGACAGGAACUACUGGUACUUCACUCCCACCAACCUGGAGAAACUGCGCAACAUUAUGUGCAGUUACAUCUGGCAGCACCUAGAAAUCGGGUAUGUACAGGGCAUGUGUGACCUUCUGGCUCCACUUCUAGUGAUACUAGAUGAUGAGGCCAUGGCGUUCAGCUGCUUCACUGAGCUGAUGAAGAGGAUGAACCAGAACUUCCCUCAUGGUGGAGUCAUGGACACGCACUUUGCCAACAUGCGCUCUCUCAUCCAGAUUCUGGACUCUGAGCUGUUUGAGCUGAUGCACCAGAAUGGAGAUUACACACAUUUCUAUUUCUGCUAUCGCUGGUUUUUGUUGGACUUCAAAAGAGAGCUGGUAUACGAUGAUGUGUUCUCAGUCUGGGAGACUAUCUGGGCAGCAAAAUAUGUUUCCUCCAGCCACUUUGUCCUGUUUAUUGCGCUGGCACUGGUGGAACUGUACAGAGACAUCAUCCUAGAGAACAACAUGGAUUUCACCGACAUCAUCAAGUUCUUCAAUGAAAUGGCUGAACACCACAACAGCAAGCAAGUGUUGAAGCUGGCACGUGACCUGGUUUACAAAGUCCAGACUCUGAUAGAGAACAAGUGAGCCAGAGGCAUGACGGUGCCCGUUAACCAGACCAUGAGUUUGCACUCACACUCCUUGGCCACGCCCUCACGGCCUUCCCUCAUCUCCGCUCUGUCAUAGCCAUGUAGGGUCACAGGUCUCACAAACUACUUCCUUAGAGACAACAAUGUUUUUUUACUAUCUUUAUCUUUUAGCCAUUGAACAUGAAGCCAAUGAUGUCAUUUCUUACCUCACAGGUAAUUUCACUAAAGUCAUGCACCUGCAGAUUUAGUCUUUCUGAUAUCCUUGAGUCAUGUGGAAUACAUAUGCUAUUAUAUCGGCCUCUUAAAAAAAUUAGAUGGUAGCCAUGGCUGUUCAUAGCAGAUCUUUGGACUUUAUCACGUGGGAGAUUUGUGUCCUUCUGCAGUGAUGCUGGUCACCUCAGUAUUGCAAAACAGUUCUGCUUUGAUGAAACUAUCCUUGUCUACACUGAACGGCAUUUUCAGAACUACUAAGGAGUGCGUCAAGUUGUUUUUCAUACGAGAAUUCAUAGGGGGAAUGUUUUCAAUUGCAAUAGAUUGAAAAGUCUCAGACACAGCGACACAAAACUAUGAAAUUAUGUUUUGACAGAAGGGUCAUGUGCCAAUUUAAAAUGCUUCAACAUUCCAGUUAAAUGCACACAAGGAAUUCCACCUGAAGGAUAAUGGAGACUAAGUAAGUGGUGUUUUGUCUCAGAGCUUGAUAGGUGUCAUUUAUAUUAAUAUUAUAGGCUUGAGAGAAACUAGACGUUUGAAACAUGUAGGUUAAAAUUAUAUUUUAAUUUAAUACCUUGUUACAUAAAACUUCUUUAUGCCAUUUUCAUUAGGUGUCACUGGUCAGUAUGUGAAAUCCAUUUUAGCUAAUUACGAAAAAAUUCCGGAUGUUAACUGCUUGGGUUUCUGUGAGGUAGUCAUCAGAUCCUUUUUGUUCUUUCUGUAGUAUUUAUAGAUUUGAAAAAAUUGUAAUUAUAAUGAAUGAUGGAGAAGGCAUUACUGCUAAUGGGCAAAGUGCAAUUGCUACAGACAAUGUAGCUUAUCAAUAUUUAUUUCAUUCUAUUUAACAGAUAUUGCAAUGUAGAUUUCUUUAUUUUGGUAUGGUUUGUUUGUAAAAUUACAUUUAAUUUUAUUUAAUUGUAAGGGAACAAAAUUACAACUCCUUUCCUUGUAGAACACGGUCUUUGCUUUCAGAUUUGGUUUUUUAAAUAUAUUUCAGUACAUUCAUCCACAGAUAUACCAUAUGCUUGUAGUACUGCAUCUUCUGAGUUAAAUAUAUAGUUUAUAAAUACAUAAACUUCUGUAUCUUUUAUUUCUUUGCCUUAAAUUUAAACUUUUCUUAUUCAAUAUAUUCAGGAAUAUUUCAGUCACUGUUGGUUCUAUUCUCAUUCUCUCAUCUCUCUAAAAUCCCAUUCUUGUAAGACUGCAUUUCAGAAUCUGAUCACUUUAAGAGUCUACCUUACUUCUAUGAAUAUAGUAAAAUAUAUCUUCUAUGUAAGUCUGUUUGAUGUUAUAGGAUUGUUCCAGGGAUUUGUUAACAAUCGAGCAGAAAAUUGUAGACAUUAAAGAUAUAUUUUUUAUUCAUCCUUAUUAGCAUCAGUGAGGAUUCCAUGUUGUACCUAAAGGUAGGGGACACCCGCAUCUUCCAUGUGAAUUCCAUCUACAUCCCUAAAAUAAUUUCUGUGCCAAAAGCCUUGUGUUAUGUAUUGCGUUUCAUAUUUGUAAAACUCAAUUUUCUGAGAAAAUAUACCCCACUAAAAUAUUCUAGAAUCAUAUCUGUGACUUCUUCUGGCAGGGGAAACACAGUACUCUAAAAAGGAUGUUUCUUUUCUAUGCAUUCACUUGCAUUUUAAAAAGUGGUAUUUUAUGUGUUUCAAAUGUUCUCCAUUCUGUGUCUUUCUACUACAAUUACUGUUUAAGCCAAUGAGUUGGGAGGUGGGGGUGAGGGGGAUCUACUGUGCCAGGAAGGACUAUUGACCUGAUUGCUGGGAAUUGGUCUGGAGACUUCAGAAAUUGUGCAGCACACUUUAUUUCAGCUGCUUUGCGACGGAAAAUAAAUGCUCGAUUCAGUGGCAUCUAUCAUUUUCAGAAUCAGAAAAGACCCCAUCAUUAAAGACUGUAUAAAGCUUGUCGAGUCAGAAUGACUUCUACAGGCAUGCUGGACACACACUCCUGAGAUGAAUAAAGUAUUUUGAAUUGAAUUGAAAACUGAAGAAAAACUCAUCCAUGAAACUGACAUGACACCCCGGUCAGUCUCAGUGUUCGAAGUGCCAGUGUUUGGAAUGACUGAUCUAUUUUUUUGCCCAUCAUAUAUUCUCCAUCAUUCUCAAGAAGUGUCUCUGUAUAUUGCUGUUUGUGAAUUGUACUGUAAUAAGGGGAAAAUAUCUUUUAAAUGUGGCAAACUAUAUAUAUCGUAUGUUUAACCAGUGUCUGUGCAUUAAAGAAAAACAUAUAUAUAUAGAAUCGUAUAUGAUGUACAAGUGAACUAUGGAUUUCUGGUUUAAAAAGGAAACAAAAAGAAAAACAAGGAAAUAUAACAACAGUGCUUUUAUUUUUGAUCUUUCUUCAAUGAAUCACUGUAUACUAAGUAUGUACAAGGUGCCGCUUUCUCAGUAUAUUGUAGUGUCACACUGCAUAUCGUGUUUGAUUCUUUUACAGCUCAUUGGGUUGCCCAACAAUCCUAGAUUUCUGUGUUUAAGGUCAACAGCAGAUGAGGCUAAAGCUGGAUAACGGGGAUUGAGAGUCAAA